AUGAGGUUCCCCAGCGUAUUUGCCUUUUUGGCCACAGCCCUCACUUGCUCUGCAUCAGUUAUCCCGUCCGGGUACGCCUACACCAAGACUGUCCAAGGCCGCGCUGUGACCGUCACCGAGGGUGACUUGGACAACUUCGCUUUCUAUGCCCAGUACAGCGCGGCGAGCUACUGCAACGAUGCCGCCACUUCAGGCGCCAACGUCACAUGCAGCAACGAUGGAUGUCCUGCCGUCGAGGCCAACGGCGCCCAGAUCCUCCGGUCGCUGAACCAAGACACUUCCACCAACAUUGCGGGCUACCUUGCGCUUGACUCCAAGCGCAAGAACAUCGUCCUCGCCCUCCGCGGCUCCACGAGCGUUCGUAACUGGAUCACCAACCUGACCUUCAUCUGGUCCAGCUGCAGCUUUGUCACGGACUGCAAGCUGCACACGGGGUUCGCCAAGGCCUGGUCACAGAUUCAGACCGACGUGCUGGCCACCAUCGCCUCGGCCAAGGCCCAGAACCCCGACUACACUGUCGUAGUGACGGGCCACUCACUCGGCGGUGCUGUCGCCACCAUCGCUGGAGUCUACCUCCGCCAGGCGGGCUACCCCGUCGAGGUGUACACGUACGGCAGCCCGCGCGUCGGCAACCAGGAGUUUGUGCAGUGGGAGGCCACGCAGACCGGCAACGUCGAGUACCGCGUGACGCACAUCGACGACCCCGUCCCCCGCCUGCCGCCCAUCUUCCUCGGCUACAGGCACGUCACCCCCGAGUACUGGCUCAACGGCGGCUCCUCCAGCACCAUCAACUACACCGUCGCCGACAUCAAGGUCUGCGAGGGCUUCGCCAACAUCAACUGCAACGGCGGCAGCCUCGGCCUCGACACAGACGCUCACCUCUACUACCUCACCAACAUGCUCGCCUGCGGCUCCGACAAGCUCGUCUUCCGUCGCGACGACGCCAACUCCAUCAGCGACGCCGAGCUCGAGCAGAGACUGAACCUAUACGCCCAGAUGGAUCGCGAGUUUGUUAAUGCGCUUGAGGCCAACAACACCAUUGCUUAA